GCUCCUGCCCAUCCGAUCCUCGGGGACUCCCGCACUCCCGGGACCUCCUCGCCCCUCCCGAGGCUGAGCUGGGGGGGCAGCCCGCACCCCGCCCCCCACCGCCGGGGUUCCCUGCGCUGGCUCCGCGGGGCUCUCGCUCGGUGCGGCCGGUGGGGGCGGCGCUGCCCGGGGCCCCCGGAGCCUGGCCCGCCGUCAGGGGAACCAAUGCGGAAUUUCCUGGCCCCUCCCGCCGCCGCCGGGGCCGGGGGGGCGGGGAGCCCGCACCGCGCCUUCCGCCCGCGAGCGCAGCCGGGACGGGGGGGACCGGGACCGGGCAGCCCCGCACGGGGACGGGACCGGGCAGUCCCGCACGGGACGGUUCGGUUCGGGAUAACCGGACAUCGCCCCCCCCCCCCUCCCCUUCUUCCCCCCCAUCCUUCUCCGCCGGCGAUGGCGGCCCCGGGGCUGCGCCCGCCCCGCCGCGCCCGAGCCGCGGUGCCGGUGGUACUGGGGAUACUGGGGAUGCUGGUGCUGAGCAGAGCGGCCGCGCAGGAGCUGAGCCCCCGCGGCAGGAACGUCUGCAGGGCCGGCGGCUCCUCAGUGCUCACGUGCUGCCCGGGAUGGAGGCAACAAGGAAGCGAGUGUUUAAUAGCUGUGUGCGAGGGGAACUUCACCUGCAAGGAGAACGAGGUGUGCGUCCGGCCCGGCGAGUGCCGCUGCCGCCACGGCUACUUCGGCGCCAACUGCGACACCAAGUGUCCCCGGCAGUUCUGGGGUCCCGACUGCAAGGAGAUGUGCAGCUGCCACCCCAACGGGCAGUGCGAGGACGUAACUGGCCAGUGCACCUGCAACCCCAACCGCUGGGGACCCAAAUGCGAGAACAUCUGUCUCUGCAAGCACGGCAAGUGUGACCAGAAGACCGGCAAAUGCACCUGCGAGCCCAAGUGGUGGGGACCCCAGUGCUCCAGCUCCUGCUACUGCAGCCACAACUCCCAGUGCGACCAGCAGACGGGCAACUGCCUGUGCCAGCCCGGCUGGUGGGGCCGCGGCUGCAACAACCAGUGCUCCUGCAACAACUCGCCCUGCGAGCAGUUCACGGGGCGCUGCCAAUGCCGGGAGCGGACGUUCGGACCCCGCUGUGACCGCUACUGCCAGUGCUACAAGGGCAAGUGCAACCAGGUGGAUGGGACCUGCACGUGUGAACCCGGCUACCGGGGCAAGUAUUGCCGCGAGCCGUGCCCGGCUGGUUUCUACGGCCAAGGCUGCAGGAGGCGGUGCGGGCAGUGCAAGAGCCUGCAGCCGUGCACCGUGGCAGAUGGUCGCUGCCUGACCUGCGAGGCAGGCUGGAACGGCACCAAAUGUGACCAACCCUGCUCGCCCGGCUUCUACGGAGAAGGCUGUGAGAAGCUCUGUCCACCCUGCAAGGACGGCCACACCUGCAACCACAUCAAUGGGAAGUGCUCCUAUUGCAACCCAGGCUGGAUCGGAGACCGGUGUGAAACCAAGUGCCGGAAUGGGACGUAUGGGGAAAACUGUGCCUUUGUCUGCAGCGACUGCGUCAACGGGCAGUGCCACUUCGAGACUGGCCGGUGCCUCUGCCACCCCGGCUCCCAUGGCAUCUACUGUAACCUGACGUGCCCACCCGGCCGCUACGGAGCCAACUGCGCUGACGCCUGCAGCUGCCACGACGGCGCCUGCGACCCACUGACGGGCGCCUGCCACAUGGAGGCCAACCAGCGAAUGGGGGUGAUCGGGGCAGGAGCCCUCCUGGCGCUGCUGCUCAUCCUCCUGCUCUCCCUGCUCUGUUGUUGCUGCGUCUGCCGCCAGAAGGAUGAUGUUCGCAGCUCCAGCCAGGACCCAGCAGCAGCCAAGAAGCCACCAAGACGCUUGUGUGGGCGAUUCAGUCGGAUCGGCAUGAAGCUCCCGCGCAUCCCCCUGCGCCGCCAGAAGCUCCCCAAGGUCGUGGUGGCCCAUCAUGACCUGGAGAACACCUUGAACUGCAGCUUCAUCGAGCCGCCCUCUGUGGUGGAGCAGCCUUCCCCAUCCUGGUCUUCCCGUGGCUCCUUCUCCUCCUUUGACACCACGGAUGAGGGGCCAGUGUACUGUGUCCCCCAUGAAGAGAGCGUGGGUGACAGCAGGGACAGGGGGACACCCGCCAGCCCCGGGGACAAGCUGGUGCCUCCAGCCAGCGGGGAGGAAGCAGGCGAAUACACCUUCCUGAAGGAGACGGGCUCCGUCAGAGCCUUCCCGACUGACAGCAGCGAAACGCCCUUGCUCAAGUCCUCAGACAGCGAGCGCUCCUCCUGCGGUUCAGGCUCAGCUGGUGCCGCACUCUAUGCCCGGGUCGCCCGUCUCUCCAAGCAGUCCAAAGAGGAGGAGGAUGCUGUCACGGAGCCCCGCAACUCUGGGAAGCCACCAUCCCCGGAGAGGACCAAGCCUCGUCCCCCAGACCCGUCUACAAAGCCCAAAGUUUCCUGGAUCCACGGCAGGUAUGGCUCCUGCCAGUCCAACUCGCUGCCAGCACCCAGCCGAUCCCCGGAGAGAGCAGCCACCCAUGCUGGCAGCCCUGAGCACGGCCAGGGCUUGGCCAAGAGGAAGAGGAGCCCAAGCGAGACAUCAGCUGGUGUGCAGGGCCGAGCGGAGGAGAAGGGCAGCGCACGGGGCAAAGAGAAAGCACAGAAGCAACCAAAGGAGCCCGGCGUCUCCGAAGGCAAAGUGAACCUCACUGGGGAGCCCCAGUCCCCAUCCAAGCCCAAGCAGAGAAGCAAAGCCAGUUCAGAGCCAACGGAGAGCAUCAACGGGGCGGUGCAGAACGCCUUUCGAAAGAUGGGCGCCUUCCAGCCCGAGCGGCGAGUUGGGGACAACAGGGAUGCUCCCCGCAGCCCUGGCACCAGCAAAUCCCGCUCCGAGCCGCUGCAUCCCCAGCUGGCCUCUGAGCUGGCCGCCCAGCUGAAGGAAAAGACUCAGAGCCUCAACAAAGGGGAUGGAGGUACCCGGGUAAACGGGGUGGGUGCCCAGCGGGAGAAGCCCACCCCUCCACAGAAAGCCAAACGCUCGGCGGCCGCCGGCGGCCAGAAGACCAGCAAGCCCCUGCUGCCCACCUCUCCCCACCUGCAAAAACUGAUCCCCGGGGUGGCCGAGCCGGCAGCUGGGGAGCCCAAGCGGGUGGAGAAGCCAAAUGCCGGCAGCGGCCAGGACCCGGCUGUCCCUACCGAGCAGGCUGCCAAGAAAACCCCCAUUAAAAAGCCUCCCAGGAAGAAGAGCCGAGAAACCAGCCUGGAGCAGCCCAGGGCAGCCACCGUGCCCGCUCAAGCGGUGCAGUGACCGGGCGCCACGCACUGGCCCCACGCCGGCUGCGUGCCGGGAGGAAGGACAUUUGCUGGCACGGCCAAUGGAUGUGGAAGCCUGGACUGGGCAGGGGGCACUGGAAGAGCCUUGAGCCUCUGUUUUCCCCUCAUUCCAUCUCUCUCUCAUUCCCUGUUUCCCUUCCCUGUUUCCUGCCCCCGGACCUGGUUCUCCCCAUCCGUGCCCUGUGCCGGAGAGCUGGCAGCUCUCGUCCCCGCGCAGGGCAGGAUGGCAGAGAGCCAGCCCAGCCGCCAACCCGGGGAGGGAGGUGUCCAUGGGUGGCAAAUCCCUCCCCCCUUUUUUUGUAGCAGUAUUAUCGAUGGCAUAAGCAGCGCUUGUUGUACUAGACGUCCCCACGGUAUAUUCUGCAGUAACGGAGCCGCUCGCUUCCCAAACCCCACUCCGGUCGGUUGGGCUCGCGGAGACAGGAGAGGGAGGGUGCUGCUGCCCAGUGCCCAGGGCGUUCCCGAGGAUGCACCCCAAGUCCCUUGUCAGGAGUAAAUGCCCCCAGCACCCUGGGCUCCAAGCACAGCUCUCCAGUGCCGGUAUUGGCAUGGGGUCGAGCUGGUUUCGACCGAUGCCGCCCUCCCCUCCGCCCCCCGGCUGGCUUCUGGCCAGGAGGAAAGCACUAUUUAUGGCUGGAGUUGGAUGCCCUUUGGGGUGGUGCACCCCAUCCAGCGGAGUUGGAGGGAUUAGUUCGGUACAACAGAGCCUGGCACCUCUGCAGAGCGCUUUCCUAAUAAAAA